GUGACGCUGGGACGGGGCAAGUCGAAGCUCUUCCGCAAGGGCAACCCCUUGAUCUUCGCCGGCGCCGUCUCCUCCACGGCCGGCGACCCGCAGCGCGGCGACGUCGUGGACGUGGUCGACGGCGCGAACCAGAACGUCGGCUGGGGCACCUACAACCCGGACAGCAUGUACCGCGUGCGGCUCCUGGGCCGCGGCGGCGCGGCGGAGACGAACGAGGCGCGCGUCGGCGCGGCCGUGAAGGCGCUGCUCGGCGCCGCGGCGUCGCGCCGGCGCGCGCUCGACCUGCCCCGCGCCGACACGGACGUUUUUCGGUUUGUGAACUCGGAGGGCGACGGGCUCAGCGGCCUGACGGUCGACGCCUUCGGGGACGUGCUCGUGUGCCAGAUCUCCGCGGUCUGGCUCGAGAGCCGGCGAGCCGUCGUCGAGGCGGCGCUUCGGGAGGCCUACGAGGGCCUGACGGGCAUCUCGGACGCCCGCGUGCUCUGGCGGCGCGCCGAGGCGCGGCUCCGCCAGGACGGCUGGGACGGCGAGGCGGACGAGAUGGCGUCGGGCGACCGCUUCGCGGCGAAGGAGGGCGGCCUCGCGUACGAGGUCGACGUCUUCGGCCAGAAGACGGGCUUCUACUGCGACCAGCGCGACAACCGCGCCUUCCUCGGCCCCCUGUGCGCGGGCAAAAGCGUGCUCGACCUCUACUGCUACAGCGGCGGCUUCGCCUUGAACGCGGCCAAGCACGGCGCGACCGAGGCGCGCGGCGUCGACUCGUCGGCGACGGCCGUGGACCUCGCGCGGCGCAACGCGGCGGCCAACGGGCUGGACGCGUGCGCCUUCGAGGAGGCGGACGUGUCCGCGUGGCUCAAGGCCAGCGACGCGCGGUACGACGUCGUCGUCUGCGACCCGCCGAAAUUGGCGCCUUCCGCGAAGACGCUGCCGCGCGCGACGCGCAAGUACCAGAAGAUCAACGCCCUCGCCCUCGGCGCCGUGAAGCGCGGCGGCCUCCUCCUCACGUGCACGUGCUCGUCGGCGAUGACGACGAGCGGCAACUUCCUGGGGGUCGUGCACGACGCCGCGCUCGACGCGGGCCGCCAGGUCACGGUGCUCCGGACCUCCGGCGCCGCCGCGGACCACCCGAUCCACCCGGCCUUCGCCGAGGGCGCCUACCUCACGGCCGUGCUGCUGCACGUC